CAACAGAAAUGCGAAAACCUUCACUUCUCUUUUGCUUAUCCGUUCUCCCUGUUGUGUAUGGAGUGACUAUAGAUCUCUCUAUCAUUGGGAAGACAGAAGACUUGGGGAAGCUAGCUGCUGCUACCUCUGGCUCACUAGAAGAGAUAGAAGGGUCAGUGGAGUAUGGUCUGGAGGGAGAAGGCUAUCACAGAGACCUGGUGGUCACUCUGAAGAGACAGGGGAGAGGGAGAGGGACAGACUGGAUCGUUGUAGUCAACGUCACCUCUCAGUUUUACAUUGAUCUGGAUCAGAUUUCUCAGAUGGCUGCAUUUGGAGGACCAGACUUGAUAUCCUCUGGCCAUAUAAACACUGAGCAAAACGUGGCAGACUCUGGAUCUCACAUUGUACUGGUGUACGUCACAAUGCGCGGCUCAGAGACCGAGGUAAAGGUUCCACUGCAUCUCCGUUACCAGGCAACAGGCUCCACCCCCUACUCGGCAGCAAUCAUUCCCACUCCCCAUCUCCUAAUGAAAGUGCCAGAGGGAGGCACCGUUUCCCUUCCGUGUUUCCCCACUUCCCCCUCCCCACUCUGUCUCUGGAGGCGCCCCUCACUCCCCGCACCCUCACACCCCCCACUGGUUGCCAUGGUUCCCAUCGGACAAAACAAUCACUUGAUCCCCGUUGUCGUGGUAACAGUAUUUCUCACGUUUGGAAGCAUGCUCUAUUUAAUGCAAACAUUGAGCCACUUGACUAGCAAAGAUAAAAAUUGUGAAAGUGUGAACAUUAAUUUGAUGGAUAUUGAGAGAGUAUUAGUGUUUCCAUCCAAGGAGGUGCCCAUCUGUCAUCUGGGGUUCAACAAAACCUCUGAACUCUAGUCCGUCAUGUGACCAUCUCGCUCCAUAACCUGCUCAGAGGCACACUACACACACACCACACAGCGCUCUUUUUCACACACAAACAGGCAUCAACUACUGUACAUACCUUCCUUUGUUCUCACUUCAAUUACUUUCACAUUGUGUGGUAGGAAGUGAGUGUUAAUCCAGACAGCUUCUCUCAGUACGGCCGUCACUCUCUCAACUGCAUGCUCAUUCUUAGCCUCCUCAGCUGUAUGUGGAGAAGAUCUAUCUAUAUUGUAGUAAUAGAGACUGGUUGGGUUGUUAAGCUCUCUCACUAACAUCCUGUACAGUUGCCCCACCACUGGUGCGAAGUGUCGCGAUGACAGUGCUUCGAGAGUGCUCGAGCACCGACCGAUAGCUUUGCAUUCGGACUGUUGUGAGUGGACACACAAUACAUAACACCUUGAAUGUCUGCACCAUUAUAUCCAAUGUACACUAACCGGCGAGCAAAGUAAGCCCAUUUAGUGAUCACAAAUUGUUCCGUGUAUCAUGAUAUCAGUGAUGCUCCUAUAUACACUUGAAAUUGUGCAUGCCGAUGUAAAGAGCUUCAAGGUUUGUUUGAAACUGUGCAGUAUGUAUGUACGUACGUACAGAGGUGAAAUGUUUGAUUCAUUGACAACACCAACCAAGCAUGUGUUCGUAAUAUGUACCUGUGAGGGGAGUUGAAGGUGGCCAUUAGCACACCAAUGGGGGGAGGGAGACAGUCACAGCUACCCACAGUUCUCCGCACUCCAAUAAGAUCCGAAACCCCACGAUACCCCAGACUC